UGAUCCCUUGGAGUCGGCGCCUGUGGUGGUGACCCUGAAAAAUGGGCAUUAAAGCGGCUCUACCCAGUUGUGAACUGGGCCUGUAUGCCCUCGUGGUGCUGUGCGCCAUCGUCUACAGCGGCCACGACAUCUUUGAAACCUCUCGAGAGAGUAUGAACAGAAAGACUUUCCGAGAGAACAUUAGACCAGGAUGGCAUUACUUUGGCAGGAAAAUGGACACCGCCGAUUUCGAGUGGGCCAUGUGGUUCACUUCGUUCAGGAACUUCAUCAUCUUCGCCCUGUCGGGUCACAUUCUCUUUGCCAAGAUCUGCUCCAUGACAGCGCCUCAGCACCGGUCCGUGAUUUACAUGGUGUACGGGGUAGUGGCUGUAUUCGGCACAAUGGGGAGCACAUACCUGAUGAUCGUCCUCGCACACUGUUUGGUGCUGUACACCGUCGCGCUGGCUAAGCAGAAGUGGCUGUGCUUCGUCGCGGGGCUCUGUAGUCUGGCCUCCUUCAAGGUGGAGCCGUUCAGCACUUGGCAGAAUGGGUUUGUAACAGGAACUUUUGAUCUUCAAGAUGUCCUCUUUUACGGAGGAACCGGCUUCAGCAUCAUGCGCUGCAUGAGCUUCGCUCUGGAGAACUGCGAGAGGGCGGACGGGAACUUCUCCAUCUUCGCCCUGCUGAAGUACAACUUCUACCUCCCCUUCUUUUUCUUCGGGCCCGUCAUGACCUUUGACCGAUUCCAUGACCAG